UACCAUUUGUUGAUUGGGCCAUAUGGGACUGCUGGUUCACAUAAAUAGGAGUGUGAAGUGAGAUCCCCAUCAUAGGUGAUCAACAGCCAUCAUGAGGUCUCUGGUCCUGCUUUUGCUUGUGGGAGCUUGUUUUGCUCUGGAAGAUGACAAGAUUGUUGGAGGGUAUGAGUGCACACCCUACUCCCAGCCCUGGCAAGUGUCUCUGAACAUUGGCUACCAUUUCUGUGGUGGUUCUCUGAUCAAUCAGAACUGGGUUGUGUCUGCUGCUCACUGCUACCAGUCUCGUAUAGAGGUUCGGUUGGGAGAGCACAACAUCCAGAUUAAUGAGGGUACUGAGCAGUUCAUCUCCUCCUCCCGUGUCAUCCGCCAUCCCAACUAUAACUCCUGGACCAUUGACAAUGACAUCAUGCUCAUCAAGCUGAGUCAAUCCGCCAGCGUGAACAACUAUGUGCAGCCUGUUGCACUGCCCAGCAGCUGCCCCCCUGCGGGUACUUGGUGCAUUGUCUCUGGAUGGGGAAACACCAUGAGCUCCACUGCUGAUCGCAACAAGCUGCAGUGCGUGGAGGUGCCUAUUCUCUCUGACGAAGAUUGUAAUAACUCUUAUCCCGGUAUGAUCACUAAAGCCAUGUUCUGCGCUGGCUUCCUGGAGGGAGGCAAAGACUCAUGCCAGGGUGACUCUGGUGGCCCUGUGGUGUGCAACGGUGAGCUGCAAGGUAUUGUUUCUUGGGGUUAUGGCUGUGCUGAGAAGAAUCACCCUGGUGUCUAUACCAAGGUUUGCAUUUUCACUGACUGGAUAGCCCAGACAAUUGCCAGCAAUUAAAUCUGCUGCAGCCCACUUUACACAAUGCAACGACAUACUGUGAAAUCCAACAAUCCAACACCAAUAUAAUAUUAAAAUAAAACUUUUUUUCCUGAAGCAAAAA